AUGGGAUCAAACACAGACGUCGGUACAUUAUUUCAAGAAGGAACCUCUCAGGUACGACCUCCGUAUUUCAACAGACAACAUUUUUCUCAUUGGAAAGUUUGUAUGGAAACAUACACUAUAUCAUAUGACAUCAAAGUUUGGCGUGUUAUCAAAAAGGAAAAUCUUCCAAUUCCGCCAAACAAAGAUGCAGAUGGUCAAGUCAUUAUAUUAACUGAUCCACUUGACUUAGAUGAUUACACUAAUGAACAAGCUGCUGCUAUAACUAUAACUGGCAAAGCAAAAAAUCUACUGUAUAAUGCUAUCAGUGGUGAAGAGUAUGAAAAGAUUUCAAGCUGUGAAACUACCAAGGAAAUGUGGGAUAAAUUGGAGAUCACAUAUGAAGAAACCAACAAGGUGAAAGAAACAAGGAUCAAUCUUCUAGUUCGUGACUAUGAGCUAUUUCAAAUGAAGGAUAAAGAAUCAGUGGAAAAACUGUUCACCAGGUUCAGAAAAAUCUUUGGAGAUCUAAAAUCCUUUGGUACACCAAUAAAGAGCGGAGAACGGGACCUUGACAAAAUAUCUUAUGAUAAACUUAGAGGUGAUCUAAUUGCCUUUGAGAAAACUCACUUGGACAGGCUAAUUCAACAAGAAAAGAAAAAAAUUGUAGCCUUUAAAGCAACUAUGGUUGAAUCGAAAAAUGAAGAGGAAGAGGAAGAAGGAGAACAGGAUGAAAAUAUAGCCAUGCUUUCCCAAGUUGUAGCAAGCAUGAUGAGGAAAAACAGAUAUAACAGAAGAGGGAAAUCAAACUUCAGAAAAGGAAGGACAAAUAAUGAAAAUGAUAAAAAUGAUGAAAGAUUCUAUGAAUGUAGAAAACAUGGACACAUUCAAGAUGAUUGUCCUGUACUGAAGAAGAAACUCAGCAUGAACUUUCAAAAGAAGAAGUAUUUUGGAGCCUGGAGUGAUGAAGAAAAGUCUGACCAUGAGGAAAUCGCAAAUAUGUGUUUCAUGGCCAUAAAAGAAGAUAGCAAUGAGGAAUAA